CGGGCCAGGCCCCCCCCCCCGGGCCCUGUUGCCCUUCGGCGCGGGCGGAGCCAGUGCCCGGGUGGCGCGCGCGGCAGCUGUUGGCUCUGGCACGGUGCGGGCCAUGGCGUCGUCAGCGUCCUCGGAGGCCGACGGGGUGGCGGUGGUGGGCAGCGGCCUCAUCGGACGAAGCUGGGCGAUGCUCUUCGCCAGCGGAGGCUUCCGCGUGAAACUCUACGACAUCGAGCAGCAGCAGGUGACAGGCGCCCUGGACACCAUCCGAAAAGAGAUGAAGUUGCUGGAGCAGUCCGGUGCCCUGAAGGGCUCGCUGGGCGCCGAAGAGCAGCUGGCGCUCAUCAGCGGGUGCUCCGACCUCCGGGAGGCAGUAGAGGGCACAGUGCACAUCCAGGAAUGUGUUCCGGAAAACCUAGAACUGAAGCAGCAGCUUUUUGCUCAGCUGGAUCAAAUCGUCGAUGGUAACGUGGUCCUGAGCAGCUCCAGCUCCUGCCUCCUGCCAUCCAAGCUGUUUGCUGGCCUGGUGCACGUGCGGCAGUGCCUUGUGGCACAUCCUGUAAACCCGCCCUAUCAUGUCCCGCUGGUUGAGCUGGUCCCACACCCGGAGACGGCCCCCGCCACAAUGGACCGAACCUACGCCCUGAUGCGGCAGAUCGGCCAGUCCCCCGUCCGCAUCCUGAAGGAGGUGGACGGCUUCGCCCUGAACCGCCUGCAGUACGCGCUCAUCGGCGAGGCCUGGCGGCUGGUGGAGGCAGGAAUCGUGUCUCCGGGCGACCUGGACCUCGUCAUGUCCGACGGCCUGGGCCGGCGGUACGCGUUCAUCGGCCCCCUGGAGACCAUGCACCUCAACGCGGAAGGUAUGCUGAGCUACUGUGACAGGUACCGUGAAGGCAUGAAACGUGUCCUAAAGACUUUUGGACCCAUUCCAGAGUUUUCCGGGGCCGUGGCUGAAAAAGUGCACCAGGCCAUGUGUGUGAAAGUUCCGGAUGACCCAGAGCACUUAGCUGCCCGAAGGGAGUGGAGGGAUGGCUGCCUCAUGAGACUCGCCAAACUGAAGGGCCAGGUGCAGCCGCCGUAAGGCCUCCCGCUGCUCCUGAGUCCCGCGCGCCCCCGUUUCAGACACGUGCCAUCUCAGACACGUGCCAUCGCCCCGAGAGCGCCGGAGGCCACAGGACCUUGGCUCGCGGAGUCCGACACACUCUCGCCUUGGCGGGCACGGCGGUGGAAGGCUGGGCCUCCGCCCCUUCUGACUGUACCCCACACUUGGGGUUGUCACAGCCGCACUUGGGUGGGAGGGCUGCUGAGUCCCUGCCUCCCCCCCCCCCCCCCCCGGGCAAGCGGGAGGGCAAAUCGUCAGGUUUUACCGUUGAUUUUUAAGGUGAUUACAUGGGGCUACAUUUUACAGCCAGUGAUUGUCGUUUUGAAUUGUUGUAAUCUGCAGCAAAAUGUUUUUAUAAUUCGUUUCCGGUCCCUUGCUGAGGACUCCCCGGGCCCACGUUUCUGAGGCAACUGCGUUCAUUUUGUUUGACUUAUUCCAAUAAAAGCUUUUGAUGCCAUAAA